AUGUACACAGCGACGAGCACAGACGAUGCCACUCAGAUGAAAGUCUUCAGAGCAGAUAACAACUCAUCAAACUGGAAGAGACUCCGAUGUUGUCUGAAAACCAACUUGCUCCUGAUAACAACCAUCACAUCAGUGGUCCUUGGAGUGAUUCUCGGAAUGCUUACUCGUCGGCUAGAACCCACCCAAGACACUGUCAGCCUUAUCGGUGUCCCAGGGGACCUGCUGAUGCGCAUGUUCAAGAUGUUAUUGCUGCCUCUCGUCACCUCCAGUAUGGUCACAGGUGUGGCAAAUCUAAACAAGUCAGGUGGAAAGUUAGGAAUCAUGGCGUUGGGGUAUUACAUCUGCACCACUAUUAUUGCAACUGUCCUCGGAAUCGGACUGGCUGUCAGUAUACGACCUGGGGAGGUUACCAAAGCUGACCAAAGUCCCGACAGAGUCUUUGACAAGCCAUUACCAGUAACCACGGAUGCCAUAUUAGACCUAUUGCGAAAUAUCGUCCCCGAAAACAUCAUGCAAGCUUCAUUCCAACACUCCAAAACAAAAUUUACCAAAAACAUGGCUGAGCCUGUGAACACUAGUGAAACAUUGGUAUCACAGACUAAUCACAGUUCAAACAACUUCAAAUAUGGUGGGUAUAUUUGGCAGAAAUCCAUAAACUACCAAGACGGCAUGAAUGUCUUAGGUAAGUGAGGGACCGAAGGUAAGAUACAUACA